UUUGUUCGCUGUAUUGCUCCAGCCGCUCCUUCGUGCGUUUCGAUAGCUCAGCCCUGCCGCCGUCUGAAGGUCGAAGCUCGAUUGCUCCAAGGAAAAAAUGGUAUUUUUAGGGUAAGCUAUAGUACCCUCCGUGGAAGGCAGAAGGCUGCGAGGAGCUUGAUCUGCGUUGGAAUCUCGGAGGAUUAAUGGGCAUUUUUAGGUUUCAUCAAUACCAAGUGGUUGGUCGUGCCCUUCCAACCCCAAGCGAUGAGCAUCCAAAAAUUUAUCGCAUGAAGUUAUGGGCUACUAAUGAAGUCAGGGCAAAAUCCAAGUUCUGGUACUUCCUGAGAAAACUAAAGAAGGUGAAGAAAAGUAACGGCCAAGUCCUUGCUAUUAACGAGGUUCGUUCUUGUCUUAUGUCUUUCGGUUGAUUGUGGCAUUGAAAU